CGCAUGCGCAUUUUCUUCCAUGGCAGUCUGCAUUGAACAAUAAACAUGGCCGUCGUUGGCUUCCGACGGUGGGCUCGAGCUCUUUCAAAGGGGCAAGGGUCCGGAAUUUCAGCUCUUUUUUCUGGAGCUAGGGCAGCAUCUGGUACCUCAAAGGCUGAUCUUCCUGGCGCGUACCCCAAGACUCCAGAAGAGAGAGCUGCGGCAGCAAAGAAGUACAACAUGAGGGUUGAGGACUAUGAGCCCUAUCCAGACAAAGGAGAGGGCUAUGGUGAUUAUCCCAAACUUCCUGACCGAUCCCAGCAUGAGAGGGCCCCCUGGUAUCAAUGGGACCCCCCAGACCUGAGGAGGAAUUGGGGCGAGCCGAUUCACUGGGAUUUUGACAUGUACAUCAGGAACCGCGUGGAUACAUCUCCCACUCCUUUGUCCUGGAAUAGCAUGUGCAAACAGCUGUUUGGCUUCAUUGGCUUCAUGUUGUUCAUGUUCUACCUUGGAGAGAAAUUCCCUUGUUAUCAGCCUGUUGCACCCAAACAGUAUCCCUACAACAACCUGUACUUGGAGAAAGGGGGAGAUCCUAAUAAAGAGCUGGAAGAAGUCAAGAAUUAUGAAAUCUAAAUGAUAUCAUCCUCUUCUCCAUGUAUAUAUAUAUUUCUGUCAAGAAUAAAAACGUCUACCAGCCUUCA